UCAACCCAAGCUUCUUCUUUGUGUUUUGUUUUGCUCUCUUGAUGUCAUAUCAUGACAUGUUGCAACAGGGAUAGCAUUAAAACAACAUGCGUUCUCAGUCUCGAACAGUCUCUUCAUCAUCUGUCAAGAUAAAUUCCCUCCCCCAAAAAAAGGACAUCGGCACUUCCACUCACUCUAACACAAGCUGCAUGCAGCAGCUCUUACCACAUACCUCGCACUAAGGUAGUUAGGUACUACCAGUCUGCAAACGGGGCUGCAUCUCACCAGUCUUAGCACCAUCAACAUGCCCGACAACCGUUGAAAGCCUGAGCACCGAGGACCGAUUGAAACUUUGUUUUUGUGGUUCUUUUCUCUCCGUGCUCUUUGUUGUUGUUGUUGCUGUUGUAUCUUUUUUUGCUUGUCCAACACAUAUGUAAUCCACUCCCCCUGGUUCACUAAUAACCCAUCUCACAUACCUCUUUGAUAAUGCUGUGUGAAGAAGAAUAGAAGACGAGAGUGAAACGCCUGUUGGGGCUCUUUCUUUAUUCUUUCCACUCGUUUAUUUUUCUUUUUCCCUCACAGUAUUGUUAUUUCACACGACUUUCACCUCCUAUCUUACUCUACCCUCCCUCGCUGGUUUUAACGGUGGUGGUGGUAGUGGUGGCGGUAGUGGUAGUGGUGUGUCGUCAUAAUCCUGCCCGUUAGGAGGAGAGCCGUUGACGGAUGAACCUCCCUCCCCUUCCUGCUCAUAGUCGCGGGGACUCGCAUCAACCCACCUACCUUACCAGCCCGUUGGUACCCGUUAUCCAGUGUUUUCAAUGACAUCCCCCUUCGCAACAAUGACCUCCUUCGGACCGCCCCCGGGCUUCACCCCCCCCUUUUCCUCCUCCCCAACCUCACCACCGUCAUCCUCAUCCUCCAACGGUGACAAUGGGUUGUUCUCCGCUGACCAUCCUUGGGCAUGGGUCCUAAUCCCAGUAGCCCUCCUCACAACCCUAGGCCUCCUAGCAGCCUGCCUCCACAACUCCCGCCGCCGCCGUGCCGCCCGCAAACAAGCAGCCACAACACUGCUACUUAACCACCCACGUCGUCCCGGCCCCCCAGACUCAACCCAGGUUACGAUCCGAGAUCUUGAAUCAGGGUGGGUGAUUCCCGGACGGGAGGCAGCAAGGUGGGCUUGGCCUCCUCCGGCGAUGAGAGAGGAGGGGUUGAAUGAACUUGGGGAGGCGCCGCCGCCUUAUGAGAAUCAUAAGGAGAAGGCGGCGGCAGCGGUGGAGCUGGGUGGGGAGGGGGAGGUGAGGGAGAUUGGGGAGGGGAGCAGUACACAGAUUGGGCUGAUGGAGUUGGAUGGGCGGGAGGUGGUGGUGAGGGAGGAGAGGAGUUGGGUUGAGGGGGUGGAUGAUGAGAUUGAUACUAGGAGGGUUGGGCCUAAUGGGGAGAAUGGGGAGGUGGAUAAGGAGGGGAGGGGGUCUGACGGUGGAAGUGAGGAUGAGGAGGAAAGGGGGCACAGAGAAAGGGAAAGGAAAAGGGAAAGGGAAAGGGGGAGUAACAGCACUGAUCGUGCGUAUGAUGUUGCGGAGGAGGUAGUUAUCACGCAGCCACCUCCGGCGGUGCUACGGGAGACUGACAGUGGGAGGCAGCAGCAACGGGUGGAUGAUGGGAAGGGGAAGAAAGUGUGAUGCUGCGUAGAGCUGGUUGGUUUUGCAGAUAAUUUGUUUGGGGUUACACAAGUGGUCAUGGAACCAAGCCAAAAGAGAAAGAAAAAAAAACUGCCUUUAUUUUUGAACAUUCCAAACCAUG